GCGACGUGAGCACGAGCAUGACACUUGCACGUCAACUCGGUUUGUGCGUGACAACUUGCAUGGCAACUUAUAUACCAAAUCGUUUUGUGCACGGUAACUCUAUAUCUUGCUCAUGUCGUGACCGGGCUUCCGUAGGCUUCCGUAUAUGUAUGUAUUGUUUUGCUCUUUGCUGUAGUGUGAAAAAACUGUAGAUACGUUAGUCACAUUUAUUUUCAAUUACUGGGAUAAAAUUGUAUUAUACAUUACGACACACCAAUAUGCCUUGGCAAAAAAGUCAACGUCAUCCUGAUGUUGGCGAAGACACAAGGAUUGCAGUUAAUUUGACUAUCAAAAAGUUGUUAGAAACUGGUGAUCAAAAAGAGUUAGAAUUUCCUUCUUCUUAUAAUGCUGAAGAACGAGCUUAUAUUCACAGUUUAGUUCGCCAACUGGGCCUGAAAUCAAAAAGUCGAGGUCGUGGUGCCAAUAGAUUUUUGACUGUUUAUAAGCGAGAAGGCUCUACAAUAGUUCAAGCAGAUGCUGUAAUCAAUUUACAUAAAUCAUCUAGACAAUCAAUUUAUAGUUUGAUUAAAAAAUUUCCUCUAGAUAGUAAAGAGCGCCGUGAUUUAUUGCCACCCACUGAAAGGGAAAGAGCAGUGGAUACAGAAGUUAAUAUCAAUGCAAAGACAAUGGGUAGAUUAAAUAAUAGUAUACCUCAAGUUCCACAAUUAAAGAUAAAUUAUGAUAUUGUUAAUUUUCGCAAUUCAUUGACAAUUAUGAAUAAACGUGAAGAAAUAUUAAGUACACUAGUCAAUAGUCAAGUUAUGAUUGUAUCUGGUGAAACUGGCUGUGGAAAAACUACUCAAAUUCCACAGUUUAUUCUAGAAAAUUGCCAACAAAAGAACCAAACAUGUAGAAUUAUUUGUACUGAACCAAGAAGAUUAUCUGCUGUGUCCGUAGCUGAAAGAGUAGCUUUUGAAAGAGAUGAAAAAGUAGGACAAACUUUUGGAUAUCAAAUUAGAUUAGAAAGCAGAGUAGGUCCGAAAACUUUAUUAACUUAUUGCACAAAUGGUGUUCUUUUAAGAACACUAAUGGGAGAUGACUCUGUGUUAGCAAUGAUAACUCAUAUCAUUGUAGAUGAAGUUCAUGAACGUGAUAGGUUUUGUGACUUUCUACUUAUUGCAUUAAAAGAUGCUCUUGCAAAGUAUAGAUCUUUAAAAGUUAUUUUAAUGAGUGCUACAAUAGAUGUUUCAAUUUUCAUAAAAUAUUUUAAUAACUGCCCAGUAGUUUAUGUACCUGGAAAAUUAUUUGAUGUAGAUAUUUAUUACUUAGAAGAUAUAUUGAAAAUUACAAAUUAUAUGACAAAAGAAAUGUUAUCCAAGAAGAAAGAAAUCUUGAGCCAUAAAGAUCAAUGUAAAGUUUUGGAAUCAUGGAAUCAGUAUAAAACUCAGUUGUGUGAGGCUUCUAAAAAUAAAGAAAAGUAUUGUAUUCCAAUUUUGGAAAAACUGAAUGAACCUAUUGCAGAAAAUGUAGGGCUUGAACCAUGGUUGAUCGAAGAGAUGGAUAAAUCUAUAGCUGAUUCUUGGUUGUUAGGUGGAGAAGAUAACUUUACACAGAUUCUACAUUUAAUACACUCAGAAAAUGUUUCUGUGGAUUAUCAACAUUCUAACACUCUUGUAACUCCACUCAUGGUUGCAGCAGGACGAGGUUGUCUAAACACUGUUGAACAACUUCUUAAUUUAGGUGCUAACUUAAAUCUUAGGUCAUGUAAUGAUUGGACUGCAUACGAUUGGGCAAAAAAUAUGAAUCAGCUUGAAUGUACAGAAUUGAUUGAUGCUUACAGAAAAACAUGUGAUUAUAUAUUGAAUGGAAAUGAAACAAGGAAAACCACAAGUUUAGGUAUUUCUGAGGAUGAUAAAUUACUUCUUGAUACCUAUCAAAGUACAUUCAAUGAAGAGAAUAUUGAUUACACUCUCAUUUUAACCUUGAUUCUUCAUAUCCAUCUCAAAAUGCCACCAGGAUCUAUUUUAGUAUUUUUACCUGGAUAUGAUGAUAUUAUUACUAUGAGAGACGAAAUUAGCAAUGAAAAUCAAAUGAAUCAAGGCAAUCGUUAUAUUUUGUAUAUUCUCCAUUCUAAUAUGCAAACAAGUGAUCAAAAAAAAGUUUUUAGACCCAGUCCUCAAGGCACUCGAAAAAUAAUUCUUUCUACAAAUAUUGCUGAAACCAGUCUAACAAUUGAUGAUGUGGUAUAUGUUAUUGAUUCAGGCAAAAUUAAAGAAAAGUCAUUUGAUGCUAUAUCUGGUAUAACUAUGCUCAGAUCAAACUGGAUAUCUCAAGCUUGUGCUAAACAGCGUAGAGGUAGAGCUGGUCGCUGUCAGAAAGGAGUGUGUUACAGAAUUUAUUCUUCCAUUCGAUACAGCAGUUUGCAACCUUAUCAAACACCUGAAAUAUUAAGAUUACCUUUACAACAACUUUGUCUUUAUACAAAGCAUUUAGCUCCUGGAAAUACACCAAUAGCUGAAUUCUUAGAAAGAGCUAUGGAGCCUCCUUCAAGUGCUGUAACUAGGAAUGCUGUUCAACUAUUAAAGACAAUUGAUGCCUUGGAUCCUUGGGAGGAUUUGACAGAAUUAGGGAAUCAUUUAGUUGAUUUACCUAUUGAACCAAGAUUAGGCAAAAUGUUACUUUAUGCUGUAGUUUUGAAGUGUCUCGAUCCUAUUUUAACUAUAGUUUGUACUUUAGCCUACAAAGAUCCAUUUGUGAUGCCUUUUCAGCCCUCAAAAAAACAAGCAGCAAAAGUUGCACGUAAAGAGUUUGCAGCCAAUACUUAUUCUGAUCACAUGGCUGUGUUGAGAGCUUUUCAAAUCUGGCAGAAUGCAAGAGCUAAUGGUUGGGAACGAAUAUUUUGUGAAAACAAUUUCGUUUCAGCAGCAGUUAUGGAAGUCGUUGUUGGUAUGAGAACACAAUUACUUGGGCAACUGCGUGCCUCUGGAUUUAUUAAAACUAGAGGUCCAGGUGACAUUAGAGACUUAAAUUCAAAUUCUGAAAAUUGGGCUAUUGUAAAAGCUGCAUUGACUGCUGGGCUAUAUCCAAAUCUUAUACGAGUAGAUAGAGAACAUGCUCAACUAAGAACACAGAAAGAAGUAAAAGUUUUUUUUCAUCCAUCUUCUACUUUGAAAAAUGUUUCUAAAUCAUUAAAAACAACUUCAGCGCAAGUUCAUGCAGCUAAUGUAAGUUCCUUACCUUCUGAUUGGAUGCUUUAUGAGGAAAUAAGUCGCUCUGGUAGAUUUUGUCAUGCUCGAACCAUUACUCUCGUAAAUCCUUUAACUGUAGCCAUAUUUAGUGGACCAGCUCGACUACCAAUGGAUGUCAUUUACGAGGCCGAAUCUACACCAGAUAGCGAAUCAGACUCUGAAGUCGACGAAAGCCAUGAAGGAACAACAAUCUUAAAACUUGAUCACUGGAUAGUAUUUAAAGUAGAUUCGGAAGCCGCCCAAUUAAUUCUACAUUUAAGGCAAAAAUGGAACGCAUUAUUUCUAAGGCGCAUGACAAAUCCAAAUAAAGUUAUGUCGCAACAAGACGAACAAGUUAUAAAAACAUUAGUUGCAGUCAUUACAAAUGAAGAACAAGCAUGCGGAUUGCAUCAACCGCUGGGUAUAGGACAAAGACCUCGACCUCUUCUCAUUGAUUACUAUCCAGCUGGGGCCAAGCGUAUUGAUGAUUUUGAAGAUAAAAAUCUUUAAAAGCUUUGUCAAGUCUGGUAAAAGUAAAUCCUGUUCGUCAAAUUUGAUUAUCAUGUUAGCAAUCAAGAUAAAUUAAUGGUCUAUUUCAUUCAUACGUCGAUGUUCUCAAUAAUAAAAGAAAUGUUGAUAUUAAUAGCAUAAUGUCUUAGAAAACGAAAUUUUUAUUUAUUUAUUUAUUUAUUUUCAUAAUUGAAUAAGAUGUAUAAACAUAUUGUGGCAACAAUAAAUGAGAUAUAGG